AUGGGAGAUGCCGAAGACCCACCCCGUGAUGCGAACCAACCCCUUCGAGUCGACGAGGCUCCCGAAGAAGACCAACAUUACUACGAAAAACUGCUGACGCACCUCCAGACGUUCUUACCGUUUCUCACACAAGUCAUCAACAACAGCGAACUUUUAGGCAUUCUACCCGAUCGCGUAUCUAAGUUGCAGUAUUUGUACGAACUGGUGGACUCCAAAAGGUUGUCACCAGGUCGACUAAAAACUUGUAAAAAAGUAUUUUAUGAUUUAUACGGUAACUACAGUAAUCCGUUAAACUACUAUUUACCUCCAGACUUUAAAACUAGUUGGAUGCAUGAACCAAAGUUAAAUGACGAAGAAAAUAAUGUAUCAUCCUCAGAAGUAAGAUGUAUAUCUAACAAAAGUAAUCAAAACCAAAUAGUGAGUCUGAACUUUCCAAUAAAAUACCAGUACCAAGUACUAGUUAUGAAAAAAUGGUAA